UCAUGUCGUGAUAUGUGGAGCUCUGUAACGCGGAAUAUUUCUCGACGAUUGCUCGAUAAAUUCGUUAUCCGCUCUGCACUGACAACAAUGGCGGAUUCAACUGAAGUACUGAAUAACGUAAAAGACUACUAUGGUAAAGUCCUGCAAUCAACCGCGGAUCUGAAGACCCAAGCCUGCGUCACCCCUGGCAAAGCACUGAACAAGCAAGUUAAGAGCGCCAUGUCGGAGGUUCACGAGGAAGUUACAGCACGAUACUACGGCUGCGGACUGAUCAUACCGCCGGGAGUGCAGGGAGCGCGCGUAUUGGACCUGGGGUCGGGGAGCGGGAGGGACUGUUACGCGCUGAGUAGGCUGGUCGGGAAGAGUGGGGAGGUGGUGGGUGUGGACAUGACAUCUGAACAGAUAGAUGUUGCUAACCAGUACAUCCAAUACCACACUGACAAAUUCGGGUAUGAUAAACCCAAUGUUAGCUUUGUCCAGGGCUACAUUGAGAAGCUAGUGGAGGCGGGACUGCAGCCAAAUUGUUUUGAUAUCAUAGUUUCCAACUGUGUGGUUAACUUGUCUCCUGAUAAGAAAGCUGUGUUAUCUGAAGGGUUUAAAGUUUUAAAACCUGGGGGUGAACUCUACUUCUCCGACGUGUACUCUGACACUGAGUUAUCUGAUGAGAUAAGAAAAGAUAACGUGCUGUGGGGUGAGUGUAUUUCUGGUGCACUUCACUGGAAGACCUUGCAUUCCUUAGCUAAAGAAGUAGGUUUCACUAAACCCCACCUAGUUUCCUGCUCUCCCAUCGAUAUAGACAGAGAAGAUUUCAACAAGGUUCUAGGAGGAGCCAAGUUCUGCAGCGCCACGUACCGUCUCUUCAAACUACCAGAAAACCACCAGAAGUACAGUGGAGGUCAGGUGAUCUACAACGGGGAGAUUCCAGGUCACGAGGACACAUUCCAGCUGGACCAUAAAACUGAGCUGCCAGCUGGGGACCCUGUAUGUUUAUCAGCAGAGCUGGUCACGGUUCUGAGGAAUUCCAGACUUGCGGAGGAGUUUGAGUUUGAUCCGACGGCUCAGGAGGUGUGUUGUUUGAAGGUGGCUGAGGGUGAGGACCCGUUUAGUGUUAUUCAGGAUAAGGAACAGAGAGGAGAGAAAAUAGAGAGUGCUUGUUGUGGUCCUUCGAACAAAUCUGGGUGCUGUUAAUGGGUAAAUGAGAGUUAAUUAAUUGGUUUACCAGCCUGGAUGCUGUGUAUACUUUAUAGGUUAUAUUUUGAAAGGGAUAUAUUUAUUUAUAUUUUAUAUGUACAUAAAGGUUGGGUUUUUUUUGUUAUUUGCCGAAUCGUUUAGGGUAUUUAUAGAUGGCCCUGGACUAAUGCUAUAGUCUGUUAGUUUUACAAUCUGCAGUUUGCACGAAGGUGUUAUGUCUUUGAUAUAUUUUGAGUUGUUGUUGAGUGUAAUUAAGCAUGUAGAUCUUUCUUUUAAAAGUUUUUUAAAAACUCUUUUAUAACACCCCA